AUGACGGCGUCAGGCGACGGCUUGAAGUCCUUUGACCCGGGCGGCAUCUUCGGCUUGCAGGACGGCCCAAAGUUGAUCAGUCAGCUCGUCGCUGGUGCGCGGUCUUUGGGCCCAGGGAUCAUGUUUCCGCUGGUGGUGGACGGCUUGAGGUGCGAGUUAAUAAGAUUUUUCGGAUUUUCCUGUGAGACGACUGAGGCUACGACGGACGACGGUUACAUCUUAGAAAUCGACAGGGUGGGCCUCUUGGCUCAGGACAAUACCAGCGUAUCAACAAAAAACAGCACCAAUUGCAACCCGAUUAUUCUGGUGCCGCCUAUAUUGUCGGAAUCGGGUGUCUGGUUCCUUAACUACCCCUCACAGAGCGCAGGCUUCCUUUUGGCUCAACGUGGCUACGACGUAUGGGCCAUGAACACUCGGGAGAUUGCAUUCCGCUCUCGCCACGAGAAACUGCGUCAAAAAGACGACCGCUACUGGCAGUGGAGCUUCGACGAAAUCGGUCGCUACGAUAUUGCCGCCGUCAUUGACCUUGUACUGAAUGUCACCGGCGCCAGCAGAGUGACCCUUCUCGCAUAUUCUCAAGGCGUGACUGCGAGCGUCGUACUGCUUUCUACGAGGUCGGAGUACAACGAGAAGGUUGACCUACUUUUAGCCUACGGUCCAGUGGCGAAUAUAACUUACAUUGAAUUUCCUUUUCCUGAGAUCAUAGCAGUCUUUGAUCCACUGUCUCUUCUUCUGGAUCCUCUUGGAAACAGCGGUUACCUGUACAUACCAGAGGCUCCCAGGGAGGUAACCGAGCUCGUUUGUGGCGUCCUGCAAGGACAACCAUGCAGCCUCUUCUUCUUCGUUACACUUUUGAGCAGUCCUGAGGAGAUGAACAAGACGAGAUUGCCUGUAGCGCUGUCGCAUUAUCCUAUCGGAACAUCGUAUCAAAAUCUACGACACUUCGUGCAGCGAAAUGCGGCCACCGUGGCCUGGUGA